ACUUGGAACUUUUCAGAAAACCAUGCUGAAAUCUUCACCACUGCUAUGUGAGCACGGCAAUGAUGUGAACUCCCCUAACCCCAAAGGAUCUGUUCAAUUCUUACCAGGCUGUUGCAUACGGGCUCUACAUCAUGCCGCUGAAUUUUAUGUAGGAAAAGUAUCUUAGCGUGCACCAGUCCCAUUGCCUCAAGCGAGUGAUUGUCCGACUACCGCUAGGCUGCUUGUUGUGGUUGCUAGCUCUCAUGUUCCCUUUUUUUCGGUCCGUUGAACUCCGUCAUUGGAUCCCUUUUCAUGAGCUUCUCGGUGUUCAUCAUCCCUUGCAACGUCUACAACAACACAUUCUGGAACCCUACCGCACCCGAGAAUGCGGCGGAGCAACCGGGGAAGAACCGGAGAGCCCUGGGUUGGUGGGGCAUGAUGACCCUGAACUGUGUGGUGGUCGUCACCAUCGCAAUUCUGGGAGUUGGGUUCGGUGCUUGGGCAAGCUUAGAAAACAUUGUUGAUCAUGUGAAAAUCUUUGGCAUCUUCCAACCCUGCUAUCAGUGCAAAUGAACGUGAGUUUCGUGCAUGAAACGAUGUUCCAGUGCCGACACUCUUCCCACAAACUCACCCCCACUCGAGUGACGACGAUGACGAAGUAGUCGACGGAGAUGAACAAGACGACGAAGAAGAAACAUCAAAGCAACGAAGGCGACGGCGACGGCGACGACGACUGAAAGCUGGGUUCUUAGCAGAUGUGGAAAUGGUACUAAUACAUGUUAUUAAGGUAGAAAUUCCAGUAAUAUAUGACAAUAAGGUUGCAAGUGAAAAAAAAAAAAAUCAAGGUAAUAUUCCAAAGAAAUUUAUCUUUAUAGGGUUUAAUAUUAUAAUUGUAUAAAUGAAGACUUUACCAAUAGUUAAUUUAGCCCUCCUUCCAAGUAGAUCCUAGAUCUAUGCUUGGUUUUUAGUCUCAAUUAUUGUUAAAAAGAUGAUCAACAUAGGUAUAAUUAAUUUUAUUGAUAGUUUCAUUGGAAA